GGGGGAUGGGUUAGGGCCCGGGCACUGGGGUGGACAGACAACAUUUCUCCUGCAGCCCAGGUCUGGGAAUUCUGUUCGAGCCCUAACUGCAGCUGACAGAAGCCCCUCCCUUCCCUGGAAUGCAUCUGUCCGCCGAAGGAGCAGUGCCACGUCAGCCAAUCGGCUCAAGCCCAGCCUAGGAAACACCUGUUGAUCUCCCUCCCCACCGCUGGUCUCACCGGGGUGCAGGUUAGGCAGGUGAAGCACCUCCCCGGAAACGGAGCUGGAGCGCCCCACCUGCCCCGCUCGGGUUGGAUCCAGCAAUUCCAGGCUUCUCGAGCCAGCGGUGACAGCUGAAGCCAUGUGAGUGGAUCCUGAAUGAGGCUUUAUCUCUGGCUCUCGUCAUCGUCCACUGUCCAUCGUGGCACCAGCUCCCUCGGCCAGCCAGGAUGGGACAGGCAGCUGAGAGAGCCAGAGAGAUGAUGGUGACUUUACCCUGGACUGUGAAAGGAAUAGGACUCUGGGCUGCCAGCUGCCAAGCAGGUGGUGGGGGCUCCUGGCCCUGAUCCACACCCUUUAGUCCCUCCCUGGUGCUGUUCUCUGCCCUGACUUGUCCCAGACCCGGCCAUGCCGGGGGGAGAGGCUCGAGCCCCGCCAGGCAGGGGGCUGCCCCCAGAUGUGCUGGCAGAGCAGGUGGAGUUAUGGUGGUCCCAGCAGCCGCGGCGCUCAGCGGUCUGCUUCGGCAUGGCCGUGGGCCUCGUGGCUGGCUGUGGGGCGGGCGGUGUGGCACUGCUCGCCUCCACCAGCAGUCGCUCGGGUGAGUGGCGGCUGGCAGUGGGCACCGUGCUCUGCCUGCUGGCCCUGCUGGUUCUGGUUAAGCAGCUGAUGAGUUCAGCCGUGCAGGACAUGAACUGCAUACGCCAGCCCCAACACGUGGCCCUGCUGCGUAGCGGUGGCGGUGCCGAUGCCCUCGUGGUGCUGUUCAGUGGCCUGGUUCUGCUGGUCACUGGCCUGACGCUGGCCGGGCUGGCCGCCGCCCCUGCCCGGCCACUGACCUCCAUGCUGUCCGUGGGCAUCGCCCUGGCUGUCUCCGGCUCACUCUUGCUACUGGGCUUGCUGCUGUAUCAGGCGUGCAUGAGUGGACACUGCCCUCCCAUCCGUGCAGCCGCCCCCUCCGCCCAUAGUGACCACGGCAGCAAUGGCAGCAUCUUCAGCAUCUCAGGACGACUGUCUGCUGGUCAGCGUCAGGAGACCACAUCCAGCAUCGCCAGCCUCAUCUGACCAAGCCAGAGCCCUGCCCACAGCCUGCCCACAGAUCCGAGCCAGGGCGUGAGUGAGUGCAUGUGCGUGUGUGUGUGCACGUGUCUCCGGGACUGUCCAGCCCUUCUGUGGGGCUGUGUGAUGUGCACUGGGGCCCUGGGUGUGUCUGCUCUUCCACACCAUGGCGAGGUGUGCGUGUGUCUUCCUGGAACUGGGGGCCGGGGCCAUGGAACUAUCAGAGGCCAUCUGUUUGUAUCUGGGGACCCCGGGCAGAGAUGUGUCUGGGAUCCCUGGAGAUUCUUGGCUCCUAUUCCCCACACCCCUCCCAGCUGACCCUGCCCUCCAACCCCCGUCAGGGAUUUCCCCAGGAGGGACAGCUGUCCACCCCAGAGAGUGCACUGGCAGGUCUCCAUCAAGGAGAAUCGCUGGUGACAAAGUGGAGAGAACACGGGCUCCAGAAUGGGACAGGCCUGGAUUGGACUCCCCCUUCUGCCACUUCCCAGCUGGGGAACUUGGGCCAGUGGCUUAACCUCUCUGAGCCUCGGUUUCUUGAGAGCCGUGGCUGUGGUCAUGGUAGUCAGUUCUGAGGGUCAGAUGACAUGUAUGGAAGGACUAGGUAUAUUACAGAUGUGCAAUAAAAGUGGUGGCUGCUCUUA